AUGGCAGACAUUAUUCGAGCAAGGUAUCGAGAGCAUUAUGAUGUAUGCUUCUUGGAUUUGGAAAAAGCCUUUUUGAGGCUUCAUAUCGCCUCCCCUAAGAGACCAGUGAAUGAGUCUUCGAUUGAUUCCUUUGCCAAUCUUGUGGAUGGCUUGAUUGUGCUCAAUUACUAUGAUGAUCUGAUUCUGAUGGCAAGCCUUUGUGGAUCCAAUUUCCCCGCUGAGAAGUGUGACGACUUACGUACGGUACCCGCUGCUUGUCGCCAUCUUGGCCUACUCUGGAAGAUUACUGAUGAUCGUCUGAUGGUACGCUUGGGGGGCGACUAUCUGCGCCAUUGGUUCGGUUCAUCCCCAGGAGGCUCCCGUCGUUCAGCGUGGGAUAAACAGUGGACCCUCAAUCAACAACAAACUCAGGCUUAUCAGUAUGCAUUGUCUACUAUAGAUGCGGCUUGCCUUGUUGCUGACGAUGAGUCUCUCUGGCCUGAGCUGAAUGACCCCUCACGAGUUCUCCUUGAGGCUUGUGCUGGGAGUUUUCAGCUGCGUGAUCGCGAGAAGCGUUGGCACAUCAAUCAUGCUUAUGGACUGCUCACUUUUCCUUAUAAGACCUCAUCGAGCCAUCGUUGUCUUCGAUCAUUGUGGAUUGACGAAGAGACUUUGACUCAGGAGACUGGUUCUUCCCCUGAGGUUUCACUUUUCUCCUCUACUCGGUUGCCACCGGUCUGUGGCCCGGUGUGUGUCAGCGGCCUUAUCUGA